CCUUCUAUAUGGGACGCGAGCUAUGUGCUUCGUGCGAAAGUGUGUAACGGCGAUGGAAACUGAAUGAACAGAGAGGAGGGAAGAAGGAGCACUUUUGACAACUUGCUGCUAAACACUUCAGAUAGAUCUGCUGAGCUUGUACGUCCUGCUGAGCUGGUGUUUACGUCCUGGGACCAGGAGAUAUGGUGCGCUGCUUUCGCUUUAGCACGACACUGAGGCACUGGGCACUCGAAGACAGUCCGCCUGGCGAGAACCGGCGCCACUUAUUUGUAUGCGAAUUCGUUCCGAGGAGGGUCACGAGCGAUGGUCCGAGCGCCCGGGCAUUGUCGGAUUCGGUGGAUGGCCAGCUGUUGAGCCAGCUGCAGCGCAUGGGUGCGAGCGAGCCGGUGACAACAGGGCAAGCUGCUUAUCCAGAGAUGGAGGACGAGAAUAUUCGCCUCAGUACGUUCAGCACCUGGCCCACGAGAUCCUCCAUCCGACCCGAUACACUGGCGCGCGCUGGCUUCUUUUACACAGGUCAUAGUGAUAAUGUGAAGUGUUUCUUCUGCGAUGGUAGUUUGCGGAACUGGGAGCCUGGAGAUGAUCCAUGGCAGGAGCAUGCCAGGUGGUUCCCACGAUGUGAGUUUUUGAUCCAGUCAAGAGGACAAGAGUACAUCAGCAAUGUACAGCAGUCAUUCUUCAACUUGUCAGAGCUUGCAAGUGAAUCACAGAUUUCAACUGAAAGAAAUAUUACCACUGGACAUGAUGUGCUAAGUGGUGAGAGUGCCCCAGCAGCAACCAUGUUCUCACCGGUGGUGCAGGCAGUGCUGCAGAUGGGUUUUGACCAACCACUAGUUGAGAGCCUGGUUCAGUCCCACUUCUUGCUCACCGGCUACCAUUACAUUUCUGUCUCCGAAUUGGUGGCUGACAUCCUGCAGGCUGAAGAGGAGGGGAGGCAGGGCAGUGAUAAUAACACAGAGCCUGAGGUGAGGCAGAGCAGCAGUACCAAUGGAAUAAAACAGCAGACCUCACUUGGGGAGAAAGUUUUGGUGACCGUGAGUUCUGAGGAACAGCUGAAAAAGCUACAAGAGGAACGAACCUGCAAACGGCGCACCAACGUGGUGCUCCACCCCAGAACCCCCAGAACACACUGCCCUCCUGUGCGCAUGCCCACACGCCAUUAA